AUGUACCGUCCAUGGAGCGGGGCAAAUGAGACCUUGGUGAGGGAGUUUGUCUUCCUUGGCUUCUCUUCUCUGGCUGGGCUGCAGCGACUGCUUUUCAUAGCCUUCCUGCCCCUCUACCUGUUCACCCUGGGCACCAAUGCCAUCAUCAUUUCCACCAUCAUGCUGGAUAGAGCACUUCACACCCCCAUGUACUUCUUCCUUGCCGUCCUCUCCUGCUCUGAGACCUGCUACACCUUCGUCAUUGUACCCAAGAUGCUGGUGGACCUACUGGCCCAGAAGAAGACCAUCUCCUUCCUGGGCUGUGCCAUCCAGAUGUUCACCUUCCUCUUCCUUGGCUGUUCUCACUCCUUCCUGCUGGCCGCCAUGGGUUAUGACCGCUAUGUGGCCAUCUGUAACCCUCUGCGCUACACGGAGCUCAUGGGACACCGGGUGUGUGUGGGACUAGUGGGCGCUGCCUGUGCCUGUGGCUUUACUAUUGCACAGAUUAUCACCUCCAUGGUAUUUCAUCUGCCUUUCCACUCUUCUAAUCAGCUCCAUCAUUUCUUCUGUGACAUCUCCCCUGUCCUCAAAGUGGCAUCCCACCAUACCCACUUGAGUCAGAUUGUCAUCAUCAUGCUCUGUGCAUUGGUCCUAGUUGUCCCCCUGUUACUGAUUUUGGUAUCUUAUAUACACAUCAUCUCUGCCAUAGUCCAGUUUCCUUCCACAUUAGGCAGGUACAAAGCUUUCUCCACCUGUGCAUCCCACCUCAUUGUUGUCAUAAUCCAUUAUGGUUGUGCCUCUUUCAUCUACUUAAGGCUCAAGUCCACCUCCUCCUCCAGCCAAGAUGCUCUCAUAUCUGUCUCCUACACCAUCCUCACUCCAUUGUUCAACCCGCUGAUUUAUAGCCUCAGAAAUAAAGACUUCAGGUCAGCACUUCGUAGAUCUGUGGAAAGAACCAUUUCCCUGCCCCAACGUUAA